AUGGUCUCGGUGAUGCAGCCGUUUAUGGACAUUGAAAGUUCCCGAAGUUACAUUGACGAGUUGUAUUCGCCAGAUCCUCAAAAAUGUUUAGAUGCAUUAAUAUCCCAAUCAACAACAGCAUCCUCCUCAGAAGUAACAGCAGGUGAAAGAAUCCGGCUGGAAGCAGUAGUGACCCUCGGCUCCCUCGCCAAAGGAACAGACCAGCAUGUGCUAGCACUAAUAGACCUCGGAGUAGUGCCAUUGAUUCUCCAAGUGCUCCUAUCAACUCCAGUCGGCGAAGGCGUUGACAUUCUCAUCUCUUCUUCAACCACCCACCCUGAAAAUCUAAAAGUAAAACUAUCAGACUUAUUAAUAGAGGCGUGUCUCCGCUGCUUAAGAACAGUCUUCCAGCACCCGAACGCUCCAGUGCAAUCUUUAUACCAGGACCCAGCACUAGUAUCAAGAUUGUUAUCAUUAGCAUCUAGAUCAGUGACCUGCCAAGUGUGCGUAGCAACAAUCUUAACCACCGCCUGCAAGACAGCAGAUGAGCAAAACGCUCUGAUGAAAGGCGGAGCAAUUGAGACACUAGCAGCGCAGCUAGAUUCUCCGUUAGCAGAUGUCCAGCUUCCAGCGCUAGCUUGCUUGGCUAAUAUGUGCUAUCAAAAUCACUUGGUCUCCACUGUAGUCGCUAGUACUUCAACAGCACUUCUGGGUCAACUUAUAGGCAGAGAAAGGAGUUCUUUGAUCCAGUUGGAAGCAGCAAGGUGUGUAGCUUACAUGCACCGAGCUGGAGCUCUUCCAGCGACUGACCCACGAGUUGUCUAUCGAGCACUGCCUUGCUUAGUGAGGCUCUGCCACCGAGAUAGAUCACCACGAGAGCGCGUUGCUGCUGCUGAAACUCUGGCUUAUUUAACAGAGGUUGAUACUGAGUUGCAGCGUUUAGCUUCUAUCAGCAAUCAUCUCAUCCCGACUCUUGCUGAGCUACUGAGGCCGCAUCCUCAAGUCCAGGAUGCAGCUCUGUGUCAAGACAUGCGUCAAGCUGCUUUCAGAGCCUUUGCAUCUCUGGGAGCUAAUGAUGAAGACAUCCGCAAGAGGAUUAUUGAGACGGAGAAUCUUAUGGAAUUUAUUGUCUCUGGACUUCAGGACCCGGGAGGUCCUAGAGUUCGUCUUGCGGCUGUUAGGUGUCUUCAUUCAUUAUCAAGAAGCGUUCAGCAGCUCAGGACGACUUUUCAGGAUCAUGCGGUCUGGCGGCCGCUUAUGCAGCUGCUUCAUGGUGCUGAUAAAGGCAGUGGUUCUCUGGUUGGAGGAAUUACUGGUGGGAUAGCUAGUGGACUAAAUGUUGGAGAUGGUGAAGAUGAUUUAUUGACUGUUGCUUCGAGUACUUUGUGCAAUUUAUUGUUAGAGUUCAGUCCGAGUAAAGAACCGAUUCUUGAGUCCGGUGGGGUGGAGCUACUGUGUUCUUUAACGAAGAGACCGGACCCUGCGCUGAGGCUCAAUGGAAUCUGGGCACUUAUGAAUGUGGCUUUUCAAGCGGAGCAGAGGGUCAAGUCGCAGAUUUUGUCGUGUCUGGGGACGGAUCAGAUAUUUAGAUUGCUGGCUGAUCCAGAGCCUGCUGUUCUUAUGAAGACACUGGGCUUACUGAGGAAUUUACUCUCCACUAAGGCUCAUAUUGAUCGGAUUAUGGAUGAACAUGCGGCUCAUGUCAUGCAAGCGGUGGUACUUGUCCUGGAGGAUCCGGAUCAUUCGGUGGAUGUUAAGGAACAGGCGCUGUUUGCAGCUAUAUUUUGCGUGUGUAAUUUGGUUUGGAGAGAAGAACCUGGUGCUGCUCAACGUCAAGCACGUUUACGUGAAUUGGGACUUUAUCAAAUUUUACAGCAAUUACGUUGCACCAAAGAUUCUCAAUUAUUGGAAAAAGUAAAAACUGCAAUGGCGCAAUUUUUCGAUCCAUGA